AUAUAUCUUCCUAAUAUUUCCGGGACACCUUGAGUUCUGGACCCCAUUCCAAAUCCCUAUUUGCCCCUCCCCGCCUUGGCUGCACACUAUUUCACUACCAAUUACUUUGAGCUUGGGUUCUUUGGUCUUUGGGUUCUUUCUUCCCAUUUGUGUCUUUUUGGCAUUUUGGUAUUUCCACUUUGAUUUCCUUCCCUCAGUCUUCAAAUACUGGUUGAAAAUUUUUGCCAGUGAAAACCAAAUACAAAUAAGUACUUUUCAACAAUCUGGAUUGUUGACUGGAUUAAGUGACUCCUGGAUCCUUUUAUAGGCUCUUGUUUGUAUUUACUUUUCAGCCCAACUCCCCAAAUAUUAGGACUACAACUGCAGUUUCUCCUUGUUCAUUAUUUCUUUCUUUCUGAUUUGAAAUGUCUUCUGCUUCUGUCAGUCUUCUCUAGCAGCUUCCUAAUGUCAACAGUAACUUCCAUGUAAAUAAACUCAAAUCUUUUCUUAAUGCUUCUUUUCUCUGGAGGUAUUUGAAGCAGAACACUAGGGGGUGAGAGGAAAAUUAACUUUUAUGUUAUUCUCAAAACUACUUAUAAUUGAGUUUUCUGCAUAUGUGUUACAGGAUAACAGUAGUUUUGCUAAAGAAAUUAAUUUUGUUGCCUUUGAUUAGUAAUUUACAUUUGUUUUUUGCUGUAAUAGCUGGAAUGAAGGCUAAAUUGCUGUAAGAGCAAAAUGUUCAUAUACAGUGGUCUGAAUAACCUGGAACAUUAUUUAUCUCUUACUGAACAGUCUGGUCCAUCUGACUAGUGGUCAGAUUGGUCCAUCUGGUAAUGCAGGCAGGUACCAUGAGUCAGUCAUGUCUGAGGUUCAGCCAUUACUUAAGCAGCUGUCUUGCUUAAGUGGUCUAUACUGGGUCACUGUUACAUCUGCAUUCCUACAUGCUGGAAGAGGAAAGAACCAAAGUCCAGGUUUUCAAGAAAUUAUCAAGAAAACAUCAUUAUAUAGUCAUCCAUUAAUUCAUCACUUAAUGGAUCCAGAAGCUCAAAAAGGGGACAGAGAAGAUGAUAAUGACAAGAAAGUGGUUGCAGAGAUCAUGGCAAGAUGUUUUAUUCCAACUCUAGUCACAGCCACCUCCUGGGAGGAAUUUCAUUUUGUUGGUCAUGAGAUUCGAAUAACUGAAGCCAUGGAUUGUUAUGGUGCUGUUGUUUGGCCAUCGGCCCUUGUUCUAUGCUAUUUUCUGGAAACAAAUGUAAAACAGUACAAUAUGAUUGACAAAAAUGUGAUUGAAAUUGGAGCUGGAACAGGGCUAGUUUCCAUUGUGGCAAGUUUACUAGGUGCACAUGUGACUGCCACAGAUUUACCUGAAUUACUUGGGAACCUGCAAUAUAAUAUUUCCCGAAACACCAAAAUGAAAUGCAAGCAUUUGCCUCAGGUUAAAGAACUCUCCUGGGGCAUAGCUUUAGACAAGAACUUCCCUAGGUCUUCCAACAAUUUUGACUACAUUCUGGCGGCUGAUGUUGUCUAUGCUCAUCCUUUCCUGGAAGAACUUCUCAUUACCUUUGACCAUCUGUGCAAAGAAACUACCAUCAUCCUCUGGGUUAUGAAAUUCAGAUUAGAGAAAGAAAAUAAAUUUGUAGAUAGGUUUAAGGAGUUGUUUGACCUGGAGGAGAUUUCUAGUUUCCCUAGCCUGAAUAUUAAGUUGUAUAAAGCUAUGAAAAAAAAUAGAAGGAGUGCAUGAUAUCCUCAAAGGCAGACUUGGAAAGCAAAGGCAGACUUGGAAAGCAAAGGCAAUAUUAGUAGAUUAUGACUUUAAAGAAGACCAUGGAUAAUCUGAUAUAGCAUUGACUUUCCCAAAAGGGAACACACACACACACACACACACACACACACACAUUUUUGUUACAACACAGUUAGGGGUUUUCUGAGAUAGUGCAUAUGGGUCUGGAGGAUGGCAAAACCAUACUAUGUGGUUAUUGGUUAGGAAAAUGUCUGCUUUCCUUAUCCCUCCCCCCAUAUCACCAUUUAUUAUUAUGGUCAUUUUAAUACAUAGUACAAUUAUUGUUACUUUUAAUGUGUGACUAUAUAAUACUGGUUUUUAAUAAUGACAUCUCUAAAAUAAAUAUUCUUAUUAUUUUGAACAUAAGCUCAUAUGAUUCUGUCCUUAGAAAUAAAAAAUGGACUAUACUGGGAUCUGCAAAUAAGUCCAAAAAGGCAAAUACAUAAUAUAAUGGUAAAUGUUAGAUUAUUGUGGUUUUUGUUAGACUGCCAACUUAUAGGCAAUCUAUCAUUUCUGCUUGGCAGGGUGGGCCUCCAGCACAACCUCUGAAAUCAAUCAAGCUUGUGGAUUUGAGGUUAUAGGCAAAGACAUUUCACUCUAGUAAAUGACAAAGGAGUGGGAGCAAACAUAAGAGCAGUUGGGAUUUUGUAGGAGUUAUUGUCUUAUUUUUAAGCCAAAUGCAGUUAUUAUUUGUUUAUCACAGAAAUGGAAAUAUAAAAACUUUGAGUUGAGAAUACAUGUUAAAAUGUUUAGGUUCUAAUCUCAAAUAACCAAAGGUUAUUUUCGAAGAUUAAAGCUCUUUUAAUCAACAUAUAUAGAUCUAGAUAUUUGAAAUCCUAUGUGAUUUUUCAUACAGGCCUUAAGAGAUUAGAAUAAGUCUGAGGUAAUUAAAAUCAGUGCAAGGAGAGCAAAUAAGAAUUUUUUGCCAUGUAACAAGAGUGUAUUGUUGGUAACUACUCUUCAGUGUCCCCUCUAAUGUUUGCUAGGCUAUCAGUGCCCUUGGGGGAUACUUGCUCUCUUAUACCCAGCCCUUCCUGCUUUGCUGGAAGUUCUCAGACCACUUGGGUUGAGUAUAGCUAAAAAAUUAUUUCUUAGGACUCUGAUCUGUAAGCCAGGAUGCAAAUAUGUUCCCAGUGGAAUUUUUGGUCUGUGCAGUUCAUAGGGCUAUCUCUUAAUAAUUCCUAGUAUUUAUGUGGCACUUUAUAGUUUUCACAGCCUGUUGCAAACAUAAACAUUUAAUCCUCACAACCCUUCUAGGAAGUAUAAGUAUUAUUAUCCCUACUUCAUAGACAAAGAAACUGAGGCUGAGAGGGUGAAGUCACUUGUCCAGGCUAUGCAGCUGCAGAGUGGCAGUGAUGGGGCACUCAGGCCCUGGAUUGUGUGAGUCCAGAGCCUGUUCUUUACCACUGUAUUGCUUUUGUUUAUUUAAAACAAUAAUUUUCACUUUUUUUAAGUGAGUAAAGUUGUUUCUUCAAAAUGAAAUCAAUAUCUAGAAAGGUAAUUAAAUACAUUAUGAAAUGAUGAGAACUGGUCCUUUUUAAAUUUUCUCCCUAUUCCUGCUUUAACUGGAUGGUAAGAGUAGCCCAUUUAGAAGGUGACAUUUAAGCAAAGCUGGAAAUUGGUGAGAAAAGUAGCAGUACAGAUAUCUGGAGAGGUAUGUUCCAGGCAGAAGAAUCAGCUAUACAAGCACCAUAAAGCAGGAGCACGUCAAUACUCAAAAUCAGUGUGCUUGGAGCAGGGUGAGCCAGGGAGACUAUAGAGGGGCUGGAUUGUAUUGGAUUUUUGCUGCAGUCUGGAUACUCUGGAAGCAGACUGAGGCAAAAUUUUGUGUGCAGGUCAUUUGCUAGAGGUUUCUGUUGGAAUCAAAACCUGUGCAAAGGAGCAGAAGCAAGUAGGACAAAAGUAGAGGUCAAUCUGCAAUAAAGGCACAGCUAGAGUCUAAGCUGACCCUACCCCCCACAUGGAGUACUGGAUCUAGAGUGGUCUUUUAGAAGUAUCCCAGGUUGGGUUGAGACAUUUGGGCCUUGAUAACCCCAUGUCAUUCAGUCACUGGCUGCCCUGAGAAGGCUCUUUGACCUUGGGUGAAGUGACUUGUUUCAGUGGACACAAAUCCUGAAGACGUUGACAGCUGCAUGCCAUCUCUCAGCAGUGAGGUAAUAAGUCAUUCUGCAGGGGAUCUGGGCAGCACAUCACAGUGUCCACUACACACCUUAAGGUCAUUGGAAGAGCUUUGACUUCUACUCUGGUUCCAAAGGAAUUACUGAAUGCUUUGGAGUAGAAAAGUGUACCAUAUCACUACAUGUAAGGACCACUCCAAGUGUUGUUUCGAGAGUACUGAUCAAGGUCAAAGAGACCUGUUAUGAGGCUGUGGCAACUUUCUAAGCAAGAGAAGAUGGCAGUUUCUAUCAGGGAAUGUGCCUUGGAAGUGGUGAAAAUGGUCAGUUUUAGAUGUGUUUGGAAACUAGAGCCAAUAGAACUUCCUACCGUAUUGAAUAUGAGUUUGAGGAGAGAGGAGUCAAGGCUGACUCUUCAGUGUUUGAUCAGAGCUCCUAGACAUAACGUCACAGGCAUAAACUUAGAGAUGGUAAAGCUCAUUCAGGGAGCAAGAGUGAAUACACAGAGAAAAAAGCAAGGACUGAGUCCUGAGGUUGCCUAAUAAUAAGAAAUCAGACAUAUCUCUAUCCCAGAUAUUUUUAAAGAUUCUCUUCCCCCACUCCUACCAAAAGUUGUAUUAGUACCUGUUAACUCUGAGAUAUGUAUUUGCUACCACAGUGAUUUUUGAACUGGUCAGUAGAGGUCCAAGAUUCCUCAGAGCUCCUUCAAAUGUUUUUAAGAGUGUUUUAGGCGCAGCAGCAGGAAUCUUGGAGUAACAAGUAAAAGGAUGGCUCCUCUCCUAAAAAUGUUUGACUAUCACUACUAAGCUAUUU